AUGAAGGAUGAUGUUUUUGAUUUUGUUAAACAAUUUGAGAAGUCUGGUUACAUUGCCCCGGGCUGCAAUUCCUCAUUUAUUACUCUAAUUCCAAAAACAUCCGAUCCGUUAAACCUAGGGGAUUACAGACCCAUCAGCCUCAUUGGUUGCAUGUAUAAGAUCAUAGCGAAGUUACUUGCGAACAGGCUUAAGCAGGUUUUAGGUUCGGUUGUGGAUGAGGUGCAGUCGGCCUACAUUGAAGGAAGGAAUAUUCUCGACGGUCCGUUAAUAAUGAAUGAGGUGCUUUCCUGGGCAAAAAGGAGUAACAAGAAGAUUUUCAUGUUCAAGGUCGACUUCGAAAAGGCCUUUGACUCUGUUAAUUGGAACUACCUUGACUCUAUCAUGGAACAAUUGAACUUUGGUGGUAAAUGGAGAUGGUGGAUUAGGGGAUGUCUCUCCUCCUCUCGCACCUCGGUGCUAGUAAACGGGUCACCCACUGAAGAAUUUGUCAUAACAAAAGGUGUCCGACAAGGCGACCCACUCUCCCCCUUCCUAUUUAUAAUAGCGAUGGAAGGUUUGAACCAAGCUAUCAAUAAGGCUAGAGAGCUUGGUUUGUUAACUGGUAUCGGGUUACCUGGAAUGGGACCAACUCUUUCCCAUAUGUUCUAUGCAGAUGAUGCAAUUUUCGUGGGCGAAUGGGACCGAUCAAGUAUAAAGAAUCUCUCUGCGCUAUUAAAAUGCUUUCACAUAUCAUCCGGUCUUAAGGUAAAUUUCUUCAAAUCCCGUCUUUUUGGUGUCGGAAUUCUGCCUUCUGAACUUCAAUCAAUGGCCAAUAUAUUGGGGUGUGCGACCGGUACCUUCUCCUUCAAUCAUCUUGGGAUACCUGUAGGGGCAAAUAUGGGUUUAAUUAAACAUUGGCAGCCAAUCUUGGACAAAUUCAAGUCCAGAUUAUCUGACUGGAAAGCCAAAACGCUGUCAUUUGGCGGUCGUUUAACCCUCAUUAAAUCAGUCCUGAAUAGUCUUCCAUCAUAUUAUUUGUCAUUAUUCAAGGCACCACAGGGUAUUAUUGAUCAAUUGGAAAAAAUUAGGCGCAACUUCAUGUGGGGAGGUGGAGAGUUGAAGCGAAAAAUUCAUUGGAUCGACUGGUCAAAGGUCAUUGCCCCCAUUGCUGAUGGCGGUCUUGACAUCUCCACUCUAAAAGCACAAAAUCUAGCCUUGUUGAUUAAAUGGUGGUGGAGACUAAUGAAUAAAAACAAUACUCUCUGGAAGCGCGUAAUAGUGAGCAUUCAUAAUCUUAGCAAAAAGCCAGCCACAUAUAUUGCUAGGAAAACGUCUUCUGGAGUUUGGAACAAUAUUCAGAAAGCCAUUAAUGCCCUUGAGUCUCUCCACAUUGACUAUCAUGAUUACUUCAAUCUAAUACCAAACGGGAAUGUUAAAAUUCUGUUUUGGAAGGACUCCUGGUGUGGAAAAUCCCCAUUCCAAGUCAAAUAUCCUCAUUUAUAUAAACUUGAAAAAGUUAAAUGUUGCCUUCUAUCUAAUCGUUUAACAGAAGCUGGUUUUACUUGGGACUGGAGGCAUGAACCAUCCUCGGGUGUCGAACUACACGAAUUACUAGGUCUAUACCGUGACAUAGGAGACAUGGUAGUGACUAAUACUUCUCGUUCCUAUGGUUUCAGUUUCUCCCUCACUUCCGAUGGUGAGUACAAGGUGGGUGACAUGAGGCGCAUGAUAGACUCAAAAUUGACAUCAUACAAAGGCUCUGUUAUCUGUUGGUCAAAGCUUAUUCCUCUCAAAGUCCGAUGCUUCGUUUGGAGAGCUACGUUUGGAUGUAUUCCAGUGGCGGAUUCAUUAAAUAAAAGGGGUGUUCAAACUCAAUCCCAACAUUGUCCGAUGUGCGGUAAUGAACGGGAAACGGCAACUCAUCUUCUUCUUGACUGUGAAUUUGCUCAGGAGGCUCACAAAUGGAUCUUUAAAUGGUGUGGUUUUCAACCUAGAAGAUUUAAUAGCAUGUUGGACUUUCUCGAUUCGAUGGCUUCCGGAGGAAAUAGGUGUAAAAGAAGGUUGAUUGGUAGUAUGAUCCUAUACUGCACCAUUUGGUCUAUCUGGUUAGCCAGAAAUGACAGGGUGUUCAAAAACUCUUUUAUUGCCUCUACGAACGUGGCGGAUUCCAUUAUCCUCAUAUCCUAUAAUUGGUAUAGGUACAGGAGCUCUUUGGGUUAUGGAAGUUGGGCAGAAUGGUGUUGUUCACCUUUUGAACAUUUCUUGUAA